AGCCAGUCCCAGUCAGUUCAUGUGUUUCCUGCUUCUUUUGUCUUUCACAGAUCUGCAAGUUUACAGAGUAGUCUAAUCAACAUGUGAAAUGCAAGCGCUCUCAACGACCCAUUUGUUGCAUAUCAGCAAGUGAAUAUAAAAAAGGAAACCCAGUUUUGGUCUGGAUCAGUUCCCAGCUUCUUUCUUUUGAGUAAGUGAAACUAUUUGACAGUGUGGUGAAAUGGCGCAGCAAGGAAUUCAUAUGGACCAGGAAAGACUCUGCUGUUCCAUCUGCCUGGAUCUACUGAAGGAUCCAGUGACUAUUCCCUGUGGACACAACUACUGUAUGAACUGUAUUAAAAGCUACUGGGAUGAAGAAGAUCAGAAGAAAGUCUACAGCUGUCCUCAGUGCAGACAGACCUUCAGACCGAGGCCUGCCCUGGUGAAAAACACCAUGUUAGCAGAUUUAGUGGAGGAGCUGAAGAAGACAGAACCUCAAGCUGCUCUAGCUAAACACUGCCAUGCCAAACCAGGAGAUGUGGCCUGUGAUCUCUGCACUGGGAGAAAACGUAAAGCUCUGAAGUCCUGUCUGCAGUGUCUGGUCUCUUACUGCGAGGUCCACCUUCAGCCUCACUAUGCAGUGGUUCCAUUGAAGAAACACAAGCUAAUUGAAGCUUCUGCAAAGUUUCAGGAGAACAUCUGCUCUCGUCACAACGAGGUAAUGAAGAUAUUCUGUCGCACUGAUCGACAGUGUAUCUGUUAUCUCUGCUCCAUGGAUGAACAUAAAGGCCAUGACACUGUCGUAGCAGAAGCAGAAAUGACAAAAAGGAAGGGAGAGAUUGGGCCAAGUCGGCAGGAAAUCCAACAGAGAAUCCAGAACCAAGAGAAACAUGCAAAGAUGUUUCAGCAGGAGGUGGAAGCUAUCAAUCGCUCUGCUGACAAAGCAGCAGAGGAAAGUCAAAAGAUGUACACUGAGCUGGUUCUUCUCACUGAGAGAAGUUCUGCUGUGAAGCGGAAGAUCAGAUCCCACCAGGAGAUUGAAGUGAGUCGUUCCAAAGAGCUUCAGGAGAAGUUGGAGCAGGAGAUCGCUGAUCUGAGGAGGAAAGAUGCUGAUCUGGAGGAGCUCUCACACACAGAGGAUCAAACCCAGUUUCUGCGCAAGUUCUACUCACUGCCACACCUCAGUGAAUCUACUAUCAUACCCAGGAUCGAUAGGGAAUGCCCUCUGCGAUACUUUGAGGAUGUGACAACAGCUGUGUCAGAGGCUAGAGCUAAAUCACUGGAAAGUUACAGUAAGAAAUUGAAAAAUAUCGCAAUGAGAGUUACUGAAGUGGAUUUUUUACUUCCACAAGACCCCAAGACAAGAGCUGAGUUUUCACAUUAUGCAGUUCAAAAGCAUCAGUUAAAACCGGAUCCAAACACAGCAAACAUGCAGAUUUUAUUGUCUGACGAUAACAGAAAAGCAACCUCAAUGAGAGAAGAACAGCCAUGUUCAAGUAACUUACUUAGAUUCAUGAACAACUCUCAGGUUCUGAGCAGAGAGAGUCUGACUGGACGGUGUUACUGGGAAGUGCAGUGGAGUGGAUUAGGAGCCUCGAUAGCAGUUGCACAAAAGGAUAUUCCCAGAACAGGAGACGAAAGUAUGUUUGGAAACAAUGACAAGUCUUGGGUAUUAGAGUGUUUACCCAAAGGUAAGGGUUAUAAUUUCAAACAUAACAGUGACAAAAUAUCCAUCUCAGCCCCUCAGGCCUCCAGGAUUGGAGUGUUUGUGGAUUUCAGAGCAGGUAUUCUGAUAUUUUAUAGCAUCUCUGAAUCCAUCACUGUCCUCCACAAAGUCCAGACCACAUUCACUCAGCCACUGUAUGCUGGACUUGGUGUUCGUUAUUUUGGAUCUACAGCUGAGUUUUGUGACAUCAAGUAGAGUUAGAGUGGGUUUUUCCCAGAAACCAUUGUAUAGAUCAGCAAACAGAAAUUGCUUUCACAGAUUAGAUAAUGGUUAAAUUACUGUUAAUGAUAGUUAAUUUAGUAAUAAAUCCAAAAUGAGCAUUUUUCUAUAUGAAACUGUAAUCUUCUGUGUGAUUUAUAAACUGUAGACAUCCUGUUUUUUCUAUAUUUGCACUGUUUGUUGUAAUAUUUUACAUUGCUGUUCUAUUAAUUGUGCCCUAAAGGUCCAGUGUGUAAAUUUAGGAGGAUCUAGAAUCUGCCCUUUUUGGCUACAGACACAAUAGGUCUCCUUUUGUUGAGGCCGCCAUGUUUCAACGGUACAAACCAAACACUGGCUCUAGAUCGGGGUCUGCGCUCGUAAAGAAUGAAACGAGAGAGAAGAAAAAAAAGUGUAGUUAUAUUUGAAUCAUUAGUUUCAUUCAUCAGUAGGAAGAACAUUGAUUUCUCUCCACAGUGCUGACAUACUUGUUCAACAUACUGUUUGUGUGUAUAAAGUCAAUAUGUAGAUGUUAAGAGAAAGACAAUAAAAUAAUUCACUGGUUGGAUAUGUGGACACAAUCAAAUAAUAAAGUUGUUUUGUUUCCAAGAA